UCAUUCAUCGUUUUUCUCCACAUAAACCUUCUUAAUAUUUUAUCUACACCUUCAAGAAAUCGGGUUUAGAGUAUUUAGAAAAAAAUUCAUGGCAUCAAGCAAUGAAGCUUCCAGAACCCCUGAAAUCAACUGGAGAAUUGAAAGAGCUUUAAAUUUGCUACACAAGGAAAAUCAAACUCGAGCUAAGAUUUUUGAAAAGUUACAAGAGAGAAAGCUUGACAGAGACAAAUUAUCUGAAAACAUAAGAAGGCUACUACCGUUCUUAUAUUCUUAUGAGUCAAGACAACGAAAAUUUGAAUAUAUAGAACAGACUUUCUUGGGUGUCUACAGUACAUGUGAAGCAAAGCCUAAUGAGCCUCUGUCGAUUAAGACUUUGUGUUGCAAGACAAGACACGGGAGUAACUCUUUAGCUGAUGAGAAGAAGAUUUUUCGGGAGAUAACAGCAGCAAUGGAUACAAGAGAAGACGUUGAAAGUGCUAAAGAGACCAAAUUGGUUCACAAUAAGGUUCUCUUCAAUCAAACACAUCCCAUCAAAAUGAUCUCCAAUGCCAAUGUGGAGAGGCUUAAACAGAAAAUGCAAGUCAUUACAAAAGACAUUAGAUCUAUCGAAAAGCGUUUACAUAGAAUUAACCAAAAGAAAGACCAAAUUUAUGCACAAAUUCUUACACUCCAGAAAGCAGCAUGAUACGUAUUUGUGACUGCUUUACCGACUACGUAAUAUUUUUUACAUCAGAAAUCACUCACUUUAUUACAGGUUUUGACUUGCGGUUCUGCAGGAUUUCUUUAGCAGAAAUUCCAUAAACUAAAGAUAGUAUCAUGACUAUCAGCUUCCAGGAGUUCAAUGAAGUCUUGAGUAAUUAGGACUCCUAAUAGAUUCCUUCUGCAUCUAUCUCUUAAAGUUAUUCUAUAUCUAGAAUACUCAGAUGCUAAUGUA